CUUCUCUUCCGUCCAUCUAUUUCUUAACAAGCUUUCCAGGCCAAAGGAUUCUGAGAUGGGUUAUCUAGAUAACAAAACAUGGCUGAGCACCAUGCUUCUGUGGAGGCAGAUGAGCAGAUUGACCUUGAUGGUGACAAUGACAUUGAAGACAUGAUGGAUGAUGAAGAUGCUGGAGAUGAAGAUGGAUACAGGAGGGUAAGGGAUGAGUACAAUGAAGAAGAGCAGAAUGAUGAAUACCGUGAAGAAGAAGAAGAUCACGAAUCUGAAGGUGAAGGGGAUGAUAAAGUUUCAUCAUCUGAUGAGCUAAAUAAUACUUCUAGCCCUUUGAAGGAUGAAGAGACAACUAAGAGAACAAUUGAUGAGGAAGAAAGGCAGAAGCAUGCUGAACUGCUGGCUCUUCCUCCGCAUGGAUCUGAAGUUUUUGUUGGUGGCCUACCACGUGAUGUGACAGACGAAGAGCUGAGAGAUCUUUGUGAAUCCUUUGGUGAAAUAUAUGAGGUAAGGCUAGUGAAAGAUAAGGAUAAAAAGGAGAGCAAAGGUUUUGCUUUCAUUGUAUUCACAACGAAGGAUGCUGCACAGAUGGCCGUUGAAGAGAUCCAGGACAAAGAUUUUAAGGGGAGAACAUUGAGAUGUUCCUUGUCACAAGUUAAACAUAGAUUGUUUAUUGGAAAUGUACCAAAAAGUUUAGCUGAGGAAGAAUUGAAGCGAAUCCUUGAGGAGACUGGUCCUGGAGUUGAAAACAUUGAAUGCUUCAAGGACCCACAAAAUCCAAGCCGUAAUCGUGGAUUUGUCUUUGUUGAGUACUACAACAAUGCAUGCGCUGAUUAUGCACGGCAGAAAAUGUCAAGAUCAAAUUUUAAGAUUGAUGGAAGCACUCCCACUGUUAGUUGGGCUGACCCUAAAAAUUCAGCUGAUGCUUCUGCUGCUGCUCAGGUGAAGGCUAUCUAUGUGAAAAACUUGCCAGAAAGUGUUACGUCAGAAAAGUUGAAGGAAAAUUUCGAACGGCAUGGGGAGAUUACAAAAGUUGUUCUUCCACCAGCUAAAGCUGGGCAAAAGAGAGAUUUUGGGUUUGUUCAUUUUGCUGAGAGAUCUAGUGCUCUGAAGGCAGUCAAAGGAACUGAGAAAUAUGAAAUUGAUGGACAUACAAUAGAGGUCUCCCUGGCAAAACCUCAAACGGACAAGAAGUCAGAAAGCCAGCAUAAGCCUGGACUUCUUCCGAGUUAUCCUGCACUCCCUCCUUACGGCUACUCUGCAGAUCCUUAUGGGGCUUAUGGUGCUGGCUAUGGUGCAACUGGAUUGAGACAGCCUAUGAUAUAUGGGAGAGGUCCGAUGCCUGCUGGAAUGAGAAUGGUGCCAAUGGUUCUACCUGAUGGGCGCCUUGGUUAUGUUCUGCAGCAACCAGGAGCGCAGCCACCACCUCCGCAAGCACAUCGAAGGAGCGACCGGGGCGGCGGAUCUAGUGAUAGCGGCGAUAGGGCGCGAGAUGGAAACCGCGGUCGAAGAUACCGCCCUUACUAGAAAUCACAACCAGCAUUUGCGGACAGUCGUUAUUUAUCUUGUUGGUAUUCUGCAUCUAAGUAUGUUUGUCUUGUCCCAAUGCGGCAAUACAUUAAGAAACUUAUCUGAGUGAUAACUGUAGCUUCAGUUGAGAGAUAUUUAUUAUUACUAUCACCAAAAUAUGAAUACACUGAUGUUUCCUUAUGUAUUGUUACUUUUUUCGAUUGCUAUUCUCUUGUUAUUUGAGAUUGACAGCUAUAA